UACCUCAUGGCGCAAAACUAUGUGUUUAGAAAGUGAAAGAAGCGUGUUCAUUUUGUUUCAGUCUUGAGCUCUUGAGUAUUUUGACAAACCAUGGCGACGGCGGCGGGAUCACAUAGACUCAAUGAUGGAAUUUCUCUGAGAGACGUCCUGCAUGGAGAAGGGGCGGAGUUUGAAGUGACGGAUGAAUUUGAUGAAGACGCAGAUGACGAUGUAGGUGACAGUGAAGGCUUCAGGCGGGAGGAAGUCUUCAAAAACCUGAGCUACCUGUGCUGUAACGAUGUUGGUAACGAUGAGAAUGAUCAGAGGUCGCCGUUUCAACACCUUGAAAGCAAGAUGGAAAACGUCACAGAAGAUGGUGGCGUUAAGAAAAUGUUACUACAGCCAGGAAGUGGCAACCGUGUGCCUGAAAACUCAUUGGUAAUAGUUCAUUACAAUGCGUACCUGGAAUAUUCCGAUGAACCCUAUGACUCCAGUCGCCUGCGGAACAGAAAGUCAAAGUUUAGACUUGGGGAAAUGAAACCAGGCAUGGGUUACUCAGGGGAAGCUAUUCCAGGCAUGAGUUUGGCGGUGAGUACGAUGAAGAAAGGAGAACUUUCCCGAUUUCUCAUCAAGCCCGAAUAUGGCUACGGACAUCUUGGCUGUGCUCCCAGAAUUCCCCCCAAUGCUACAUUGAUGCAUGAAAUAGAGCUGUUGAAUUUUGUGGAAGGGCAAAAUAUUGGAGUGGAGGAUUAUUUUCAUCUCACAAGGGAGGAAAGACAAGCUAUACCCUGGGAGAAAAUUAAAUCGGCCUGUGAUGCAGCGAAAAAGGAAGCCAGAAUCCUCUUCGAAGAUGAAGGCUACUACAAGGCUCAGUUGAAGUACAGGAAGGCAAUCUGUGUGUUGGAAGACUAUCACAUGAGGGAUGAGGAACAAGAGAAACAGCAGCAGAAGAUGCUGCUGAAACUUUACCUGAACAUCUCUGUAUGCUACCUGAAACAGUGCAAGUCCAGACAGACUCUCAUUUAUGCUAAUAAAGCCCUGGAAAUAGAUGAGAGGAAUGUCAAGGCACUCUAUAACAAAGGAAAGGCAUUACUGAGAAUGGGGGAGUUUGGACAGUCCAGAAAAUCUCUUGUGGCAGCCCACAACUUGAACAGGAAGAAUGAAGAGAUAAAAGCAGCCCUUAAAGAGCUUGAAUGUAAAGCUAAGGAGUUCAAGGAAAUUGAGAGUAAACAGUGUCAGCGGAUGAUAUCAAAUCUGUCCCCAGCAGCAGCACGAGGAGAGAGUACACAACAGAAAAGCAAAAGCAGCUCCAAAUCACAAGAGGACUUCAAAACAGCAGUCAGGAAGCAUUUAAUGGAAAUGAAGAAUAACCCAGGUAAUGAGGUUAUGCCAUUUCCAAACUGGAGUUUGGGACCCGUAGAAAUUGCGAAUAUCAUUGAGACUGCAGAGGAACUCGACCUGGAUGUGAUACAGCAGGGAGAGGCACCACAUGUCAAGUAUUUCUUGAGAAAGAAGAAUCCAAAGUAAAGAAGAACCUCAUGGGAAGUGGCUGUCAGUUUCUGUUGUUUGGAUUUUUAGUGGGUUUUUUUUUCAACCAAAAGUUUAAAGUUUGCACACAAAAGCUGUUCUGAUGAAACAUCUUAAAAUACAUGAACAGAAAAGUUUAGUUCAGUUUGUGUUUUAUUUUAAGUGCCAUGUAUAUACGUCCUUGAAUUGUGCUGAA